CCUGACACUGAGUGGCAGAGACGCUGCCAGCGCCCCUCUGGAUGCAGCUAGUAGCGUGGCUGAGCACCGGCACCGGGCUGCCUCCAUCAGCCACAACUGUGUGUAGCACUCUGCUUUAAUGUUGUUAUCGCAGAGAGGACGUCAGGAGAACCGCACCGGACAUUGCACUCUGUAUCCGGGGUUUUAACAGCCGCUGAAACCAGUGCACCACCAGACCAAACCCCCGAGCUGCGUGUCCACCAGGAGGGAACUAUCACCCAGUGUCCAGUGGACCUGCACCAUCGCUCCUUCAGCGGAGACCGAGGAGCACACCCAGUACCACCAGCCCUGCACCAGCAGCUAGCAGCAGGCUAACGUGGCUGGUUGACGUUAGCUAAUUUGGCUACGUGAGGAACUUUGCUGGCAGAGCCUCCGCCAUGAACUCAGGACGCCAGUCGUGUUUUAACCCGGUUGUUCUGCUCAAGGUCCCGGUGUAGUCUCUGUUACGUUAUUCGCUGCGUGGAGAACCCGGUCCACGAGAUAAACCUGGAGGAAUAAUGCGUGUUGUAGUUGCCAAAGUUAGCCAACAUGUAGCUAGCGAGCGGGGCUAGCUGUUUAACGUGACUCACUGGCUGUGGAUGAAUGUAGUGAGACAUCGGGUGUUGUCUGGAUGUGUGUCGCCUCUUCACAGGCGACGACUCGUUCAUGACCGGAGACAAACCCACUGUCUUCACUGUCUUCACUGUCUCCUCCGAGGCAAGACAAACGAGGACGACGUGGUUUUAUUUGAGCAGAAGAUUACAGUGACAGCAUGAUGGGAUCCCUGAAGGCUCUGCAGGAGUGGUGUCGGAUACAGUGUGACAACUACAACGAUGUGGAAAUAAAGGACAUGUCCACGUCCUUCAGGGACGGUUUGGCAUUCUGUGCCAUAAUCCACCGCUUCAGACCAGAUCUGAUAGACUUUGGUGUGCUGUCCAAAGAGAACGUCUACGACAACAACCGACUGGCAUUUGAAGUGGCCGAGACACAGCUGGGGAUUCCCGCCCUGUUGGACCCAGAGGACAUGGUGUCCAUGAAAGUGCCUGACCGGCUCAGUAUCAUUACCUAUGUCUCCCAGUAUUACAACUUCUUCAACAACAAAUCUCAAGCGAACCCACCUUGCAUGAAGAGGCCAAGUUCUGUUGGUUAUAAUGAGCCGGCCCAGAAAAGACCUUUGACCCCUUUGGAGGACAAAGUGGUUGAGUCUGAGCCGAGCCAGCCCUCGCAGACGGGUGGAGAAGCGGUCCAGCGCAGCUCGCUGAGCAGCACCUGCGCUGCCUGCCAGAAACACGUCCACCUGGUGCAGAGGUUUCUGGUGGACGGCAAGCUCUACCAUCGCAACUGCUUCAGGUGCACAGAGUGUCACAGCACUCUCCUUCCUGGAUCUUACAAAUUGGUGAGCGACGCUGGGUCGUUGGUCUGCACACAUCACCUCACAAGACAAGCUUUAGCCAACCAGAAUGGCCGACCAGACAUCAGUAAGAAACCAGUGGUGCUUCCGUCUGCCAGGAUUGGUCGCAGCACGACUCCUCACACCUCGCCCUCUGUGAGGGACCAGGCUAAGACUCCAUCCCCAGUAGGCCGAACAAAUGAUACUGACAUGCCUACCAGUGUCCCAGCCACUAUCACUCCUGUUACAACAAAUACAACAGACGUUUUGGAAGAAGCAAAAGACAUAGAAGACAGUGGAGCGACAGAGGAGACACAACGUUCCUCUUCUCCCCCCAACCCUUUUGACGAGAGCGAUGAAGAGGAGGAAGAGGGAGAGAAAGAGGAGGAGAUUCAAACACCGGUCAAAUAUAUAACCAACGGAGACGUUCCUUCUACGCCUGUCAGUAAUAAUGAGGGUGUCAGUCGGCCGGUUCCAGCGCCUCGCAGAGUAACUGAACCCACUCCUCCUCCUCGUCCUGCCCCUCGGGUUCGACUCCCCCGUACGACAGACGGCCUUGCAGUUGGGGAACAUCUGAAGCCUCCAAUUCCUCCCAAACCUCGAGAGAGAUCCCAGUCUCCUGGAAGCCUGUCCAGUGGCACCCAUAAACCUAAAGACCCACCUUGGCUCGCCCUCGUCCAAUCAGAAUCCAAGAAGAAGAAAGCCCCUCCCCCUCCCCCUGCCGGAUUGGCAACACCUCCCAAUGCAGGCUCUCUGUCCUCUCUCAAAGGGGACGGCUCCAGACCCAGCACACCGCCUCCGCCCGCCAACCCAUUUGACGAUGAUGACGAUGAAAACAACGAGGCAGAGGAACUAGAGGGGGGUGAAGGAGGUGCGAUUCCAUCCAUAGUGGUGGCGAGUCACCCGUGGUACAGCAUCUCUCCAGCGGCUGACACAACAGGUGCCGACACUCCCCCUGGUGGAGGGAGUUCAUCGCGCUCUGCCAGCCCCGGGAGUGCAAAGAGCAAGAAACGUCGUCCAGCACCACGGGCGCCGCAGCCCGCUGCUGGUACCCAAGUUUUUCCUCACUCUCAGCCUUCCUCUUGCUCUCCCUCUCCAGCUCUCAGCAUAGAGAGUCUGUCCUCGGGCUCGGACCACAGCUCCUCCCAGCCACCUUUGGGUGGCAGUGCCAGCAGGGACCAGGAACACACCUUCACCAAGAGUAUCUCAGAGCCUUCCAUUUGCUCACCAUGCGACCCCUCGGACUUGCCUUCCUCCUCCACAAACGAACACCUGCUUCAUCCCUCCCCCAGCCCGUACCCUGGUCCUAUGAUUUCAAACGCCAGCUCAGCUCCAGCCACCCCACAGACCAGUCGCAGUAUGGGGACACAAGGGGCUGGAGCCCCUCCACCAAGACCCUCAACGACCCCCAGCCCACUGGCCUCCGGAGCCACACCGUCACACAGCAAGCGGAUUUGUAAAGAGAACCCUUUCAACAGGAAAGCUUCUCCCUCGCCUGCUAAAUCUAAAACCAAAGCACCAAAAGGCUCUCGUCCUGCAAGACCCCCGGCCCCUGGUCACGGCUUCCCACUCAUCAAACGCAAAGUGCAGAGUGAUCAGUUUAUCCCAGUGGAGGACAUCCACGGAGAGAUGACGCAGCUGGAGAAACAGCUGGAUGAGCUGGAGCAGAGGGGAGUGGAGCUGGAGAAGAAGCUGAGGGACAACCCCAACGAUGAGGAUGAGGAGUGCCUGUUGGUGGACUGGUUCACUCUGAUCCAUGAGAAACACCUUUUAGUCCGACGAGAAGCAGAGCUGGUCUACACGGCCAAGCAGCAGAAUCUGGAGGAGAGGCAGGCUGAUGUGGAGUAUGAGCUGAGGUGUCUUCUCAACAAACCAGAGAAAGACUGGACUGAGGAGGACAAGAGCCGGGACGAGGAGCUAAUGUCCGAGCUGGUCACCAUCAUUGAACAGCGCAACCAAAUUGUCAACAACAUGGACGAGGACAGGCAGAGGGAUGAAGAGGAGGAUAAACUAAUGGAGGCCAUGCUGAAGAAGAAAGACUUUCACAAGGAACCCGAAAGCGAGCAGCAGCCGCACCACAAGAAAAAAGGGUCAAAGUUCAAACCCAUUAAGGUUCUGAAGCGGCUGAGCCAUAAAGGAGAACCAGGCAAUAGCCACAGCCCUCGCAAGGAGAAGAGCUGAACAGCGGAGGACACAGUCCUCACCCUACCCUCCAAGAGGACAUGAGGAAAAUAAAACAGGAUGUGAGAAGAGAUUCACAUCAGGCCAAGAAGAAGAGACGACGUGUCCUUUAAUAACCGUGUUAUUUUAUUAAUGACAUUUAAGUGCAACUCAGAACUCACCCCCUGCUCAUCUUACUUGAUGCUUCUCCAAAAACGUCUGACCAGUGAUGAUUGUCUUUUGCCUUUGUGUUAAAACAGACAGUAUGAAAAACUCAAGUGCUUUAAGAGCUGACACGAGCGAGUUUCAGCUCUCUGACCUUUCAAGCUAGUGAAGUUUCUAAAUGACGAGGAUAACUUGUAUGUUCUCGCUUCACUUUUCCUGCAUUGCACAGCAGCUCUGAGACCUUGGAGGAAGUCAGUGGGAUGUGUUUUUAUCUCUGUUACUCAUCAGUUUUUAAUGUAUUUAAUCUCAUCUUAAUUGCUCAUGUUCAUUACACGUCUCCUCUUUUGUUUAUUUUUUUCCCAAUCUUUAUUCAAGAGUGUGGACUUUCAGUUUAGGAGCAGGCCUUAUUCAUUUCACAUUCAACUUUUGUAACUCAAUACCUUGUGCUUGCACUCAAAUUACCCUGUGCUGAGAUUUGCUUUGCUUCUGCUUAAAACAGUAUGCUUGCACUCUUGCACUUUCCAGCUCUUCUCCUCCUGCUGCUUCACCUAAAACAUCUACUUUGAGAUGUUGUUAAAAUGAACAAAUGAAAUGAUCCCGCCCCUCAUUAUGGAUGUGCUGGCUUUACUUGUUUGAGAGUCCCAUUCGGGUGGUCCCUGUUGAUGUGCUUGAAGAGGAAAAGAUGACAGCCUCCGAGAGAAGGAGUCCAGCGGAGCCCCUUGGUGAACAUGGAGCGGCAAAAUGAAAGUCAUUAUGGGAAAACUGUUGCUAGCAACUAUAAAAAAUAUAUGAGACACCGCCCUGUUUCUUUUUCCCCUCCAGUAUGUUAUGGGAAAAUGUGACCAACAGAGAAGCAGUGUGAAGCUGGAGCACAGGAUAUUUGAAUGCAAGCUCACAGUUUGAGAACAAGCAGAGCAAAUCUGAGAACAAGCAGGGGCUAUUGGAGUGAGAGCGGAGUGUUUUUUAAGGGAAAACAUCACAUAAUCUGAACGUGAAAUCAAUAAGUCUUGAUUUCAAACUGAAAGACCAUGCUUUUGAAUUAAAAUAAAAAAAAUCCUUUUAUGUUGUGUCUGGUUUCAGCCUGUGGUACUAGUGAAAGGAAAUGUUGCAUCUAUCCUUGAUCUUCAUUUGUAAUCCCUUAGCUCCUCUAUCUGCUAUAGUAUGGUUGUUUGUAGUUUCCUUGUUUUAAGCUCCUUCAGUGAUGCUGUCAUGUGUGUAAAUGCACAUCAUGCAACACAUGGAUGAAUUGAGACACACUUUAAUGAAUGUUUGCGAUGGGAAACUAAACUGGGAUUAAAAAGUCUGACGGAUUUGGACAAUGCGAGUUGUAGAGGACAGCUUUAAAGAAAGUAUGAUAUAACUGACAGUUUUAUUAAUAUGGAAGGUCACACAUGCAAUAAUGUAUGAGAGAAGGCAGAUACUUGGCUUUUAAAAACUCUACAAAACAGAUUUAACCUUUUGGGUGGAAAACCAGAAUAUGCAAUCAUUAAUUUAUAUUUUACGAUGCCUUUCUGUGUAUUUCUGUGUUUUUGCCUUAAAAGUGGAUAAGACAAGUUUGAAUACUGACAUUUUGUACAGGUGCCAUGUAUUUGAUUAGCUUCAUUGUUGCAACUCAUGUAAAUGCCCGUAUUGUUUGCUGCUUGCUGUCCCUGUUUUGUCGUUUAGAUUGUCUGUCUGUCUGUCCUCCAUUUUAAAUGGUUGAACUCUAGUAUGACUAUCUCUGCUUUGAGCCUGUCUUCCUCUACAGCUGAAACCAAGUCAUUCUGCAGCUCUAUACAUUGUCCCCAAGCGGCAGCAGCAGGAUCAUAUGAAAUACUGACACUGGAAGGCAGAGAAAUAAAACAAGUUAAUCUAA